AUGAAUCAAACAAUAACAAAAACCUCUAAUAAUGAUAAAAAUCCCGGGGAAACAAACUCCAAGCACGUUACUAAUAACAACAACAAGGGCGAUAGCAACGGUAACGCACGCAAAGGGCCGCUCAUUAGAAAUAGGAAAAGAAGAGAAAUGCUGAUGGAAGAAUUGGCCAAGGACCACGGCCACUGUGACGACUCAACUAUAAUUUCUGACGGAUACACGGACACCGGAUCGACGGUCACCAUCUCACCGGACAGAUUUAUGGGCAUGACGGGCGAGAGACUGUCUGACUCGGACUCCGUGGACACGAUAAACAUUUGGGCAUCACAACCCCCGCACCCUGCUCCCACAAGAACACCAGAGCCCCAACCGCCGUCUCCGCUCUCUCUCUCCUCCCUCUCGUCUUUGGCAUCACCGGACGACUUGCCGAGGACACCUAGACUAUCAUCGUCGUCAUUAUCAUCAUCAUUCAGCUCCACCUCCAGCCACGAUACGGAUAGAACUGCCGAAUGCACCUCUCCAAAGGGCACCAUCCCCCCCAGCACAACAACAACAACAACAAGAAAUAAAGACAAAAGGAAGGGGGACGAGCCUUACAGCAUGGAAGAGUGGAGGAAUACUCCCAGUUGCUCAUACACACGGACAGGGGACAGAGAGAAGGAGACCGCAGGACGCACCGAACGGCCCCCACCACUGUCACGGCUCAGGGAGCAACAGAGGAAUACCGCUGGCGAAUCAGAAGGCACUGGGAGGGGAAGAAUCAUCAAUAACAAAGAGGUGGGGAGAAAAGGGAAAGGGAUAGGCAAAAGAUCGCUCCCAACACCCGCAAUCGAACCCAUAGGGGAUAACGAGGAAAAGACGACCUCGGGUACCCCCCCCUCAUCUGCCGCCCUAGCCCCCCCCCUGCUCAGCCAGCGGACACACACAGCGCAAUAUCACCGCCGAAGGGAACAGGCGCACCGCCUCUGUCGCCGCCGCCACUUCUGCACCAACUCUACAGACGACGGGAACGGAGGAGGAGGACCCUUCCUCGCUCCCCACCGCUCCUCAGGAGCGCCCUUCGGAAUCUUUCUUCCCCUCCUCCUCCUCCUCCUCCUUCUCCUCCUCCUCCUCCUCCCCUUCCCCCUCCUCCUCCUACUCCUCUCCGCCCUGCAAAAGGGAAAAAAUGAAUCACGAUGAGGAAAAUUCUGACUCCAACAUCAACAACACCAAAGAAAAGAGACAGAAUAAGAAAGAAGGAGCAGAAUCGGACCACCACCUAAAAACAAAAACAAAUAAAGACACGCACCCACUAGACGAGGCGGUGGAAAAAAAAAAAAAAGAAAAAAAAAAAUUAUAUGCCAUAAUACUAGGACUGGCCGGCACACGAACGGGCACAGCCCGAACAAUAAAAACGGACCCACUCUUCGCAAUUGGGCUCCGUCGACACACGCCCCGCAGGUCGAACGCGAAUGCAAACAGCAACAAACACACGAAUCCAUACAACACCGAAAGAAUAGCUGCAAUCAUUAGGAACAGGUGCGAAGAACUCCUGAAUGUAGAAAAACAAGCUAUACAACUGCGCAAACUAAUAAUCGACCUAGGCGGAAAAGACACUCUCUCGUGUCCCCCCCCUCCUCGGCCUCCCACCCCCCCUCCGCCUCCUCCCCCCCCCCCCCUUCGAAUCAAACCCGGAAAACUAACGAGCCUUGCUCGGGAACAAGGAACGGCAAUGUCAUCCCGAAGCCUCAAACCGGCCUCACCACCUCCUCCCCCAAUUCCUCUCCUCACCAUGCAGGGAGCGGAAACGGGAAUGAUCACAGGAACAGCGGGAAGGAGCCCGAACAACACACCAGCGCAAACGAGCCGAGGAUCAGGAGAAGCGACAAGCACCCGGACCUGGUUCAAAUCAUGAACGCGCUGAGAGAACAUCAAAAGAUCCAACGGGAACAGGACCAGCGACUAUCCCGAUUACAAGAGCAAAUCGAGGCGCUUCGCUCAGGUGACGCUCCCGGGCAAGAACGGAUUACCCAAUCUAAACUCGAGACCAAAACUAAAACCGAAACCCAAACCGAAACAAGGGAAAAUGCAGGUAGAAAGAGGAAAACAACAAGAAGAAACAACAGAAGAAGGCGAACCAAAAAUCAUCGGGAGAACACCACCACACCUACACACACACCCGCUCCACCACCACCACCACCACCACCAUCAACCAACAUCCCAACAUACGACACCACACAACGAGCACGACAGCAAAGAGAAAGAGUCCCGCAAAACCAACAUCCUAGGGUCAACGAAUCAACUCAACGGACGCAAUUAUCAUCACAACCGCUUCCACAAUCACCACGACUGCAACAACAACCCCUCUCAAUACGGCAACGAGGGCGGCCGCAGUUACCUCAACGACAACAACAACUACAAAGAUUUAGGCCUCCACCGCAAGGGGGUAAUGUAGGCUUCGAGAGGACCAGCAAACAAAGCCCCUGGCGACCACCCGCGGAGAUGGCAGGCCCGAUCUCUUAUCCAGAGGGUCCACCCUCCCGGCGCGGAAAUCCAUUCGAGAUCCCCUCGCUGCUCUCGUUACCGCCCAUCCGCCCUCCCCGACAGUGGACGCAGGCACGGCCGCAAAUCAUGCCGCCGCUGCUCCCUCCACCACCGCUGCCGCAGCCGCCGCCCCCCACGUCGCAUCGAUCCCAACGACUUCAACAACCGUUGCAGGGACAUCAGCCUCUGGCACGUUCGCCGUUCUCACAACAACAAAAUCGCACACCUCAACAAGCUCGAGGGAUAUCGGGAGAAACCUCAAGUUACGCGGAGAUUGUUUAAAAAAAACAAGUGGGCAAGAAAGGAGACAACAUCCAGGCGAACUCCAAUUAUGAGACUCCAAUUAUGAUUUGACAUUUGAUAUGUUUUCACAGUUUACUGGAAAGUUAA